UCCGGCUGCCGUUUGGAUCCAGCACUCGGGUCCCUCAGGAGCCCGUUUGCCCGUAACGUUGUGGACAGCCAGUCCCCCAGGCUAUUAGCAAAUCAGCUAAGAUGGGACCUGACCGCCGAACAGAUAGAAAACAUGGCUGUGGAGCUCACAGAGAGGACCAAGCUUGUGUAUGACCGGGUGGGCUCCCAGGAACAGGGAGAAGUGUCCUACGAAAAUACUCUCAAGGCGCUGGCUGAUGUGGAAGUGGAAUAUACAGUCCGUAGGAACAUGCUGGACUUCCCCCAGCACGUGUCUCCUUGUAAAGACAUCCGUGCAGCAAGCACCGAGGCUGACAAGAAGCUCUCAGAGUUCGACGUGGAGAUGAGCAUGAGGCAGGAUGUGUACCAGCGGAUUGUCUGGCUCCAGGAGAAAUCAGAGAGUGCUUCACUGAAACCUGAAGCAAAGAGAUAUCUAGAGAGGCUGAUCAAAUUGGGUAAAAGAAACGGUCUUCAUCUCCCUGAGGAAACGCAGGAGAAAAUCAAAGCUAUUAAGAAAAAGCUGAGCGUCCUUUGCAUAGACUUCAACAAGAACCUCAACGAAGACACCACCUACUUGCCCUUCUCAAAGGAAGAACUAGGGGGGCUCCCUGAGGACUUCCUGAACUCCCUGGAGAAGACAGAGGACGGCAAGCUGAAAGUCACCUUGAAAUACCCGCAUUAUUUCCCUCUCUUGAAGAAGUGCUAUGUGCCUGAGACAAGGAGGAAGGUGGAGGAAAUGUUCAAUUCCAGAUGCAAAGAGGAGAAUUGCUUGAUCCUCAAGGAGCUGGUGGACUUGCGGGCUCAGAAAGCUAGUCUCCUGGGCUUCAACACACACGCUGACUUUGUGCUGGAGAUGAACAUGGCUAAAAGCAGCAAAACGGUGGCCUCUUUCUUGGAUGAGCUGGCCCAGAAGCUGAAACCCCUUGGGGAGAAGGAACGGGCCGUGAUCCUGGACCUGAAAAAGAAAGAGUGCGAGAAGCGAGGCCUGGAGUUUGACAACCGCAUCAAUGCCUGGGACAUGCGCUACUACAUGAAUCAGGUGGAGGAGACCAAGUAUAGCGUGGAUCAGAACCUGCUGAAGGAGUACUUCCCCAUGCAGGUGGUCACCAAGGGCCUGUUGGCUAUAUACCAGGAGCUGCUGGGGCUCACCUUCCAUCUGGAGGAGAAAGCUCAGGUCUGGCACGAGGAUGUCCAGCUUUACACAGUGAAGGACGCCUCCUCCGGAGAGACCAUCGGCAAAUUCUACUUGGACCUGUACCCGCGGGAAGGGAAAUAUGGGCACGCGGCCUGCUUUGGCCUGCAGCCAGGCUGCCUGUUGCCAGACUCCAGCCGGCAGAUCUCGGUGGCUGCCAUGGUGGCCAACUUCACCAAGCCCACACCGGAUGCGCCUUCCCUGCUGCAGCACGACGAGGUGGAGACGUACUUCCAUGAAUUUGGGCAUGUCAUGCACCAACUGUGCUCGCAGGCGGAGUUUGCCAUGUUUAGCGGGACACACGUGGAGCGGGACUUUGUCGAGGCACCAUCCCAGAUGCUGGAGAACUGGGUGUGGGAGAAGGAGCCGCUGCUGCGCAUGUCCAGGCACUACAAAACUGGAAACCCCAUCCCUGACGAGCUGCUGGAGAAGCUCAUUAAAUCUAGGCAGGCAAACACAGGGCUGUUCAACUUGCGUCAGAUCGUCCUGGCCAAGGUGGACCAGGCGCUGCACACCCAGACGAAAGCUGACCCAGUGGAGGUGUUUGCCCGGCUGUGUGAAGAAGUGCUGGGUGUUCCUGCCACCCCAGGUACAAACAUGCCAGCUACGUUUGGCCACUUGGCUGGAGGCUAUGAUGCCCAGUACUACGGCUACCUCUGGAGUGAAGUGUAUUCCAUGGAUAUGUUCCACACACGCUUCAAGCAGGAGGGGAUCAUGAACUGUAAGGUGGGCAUGGAUUACAGGAAUUGCAUCCUGCAUCCUGGCGGCUCCAUGGAUGCUUCCGACAUGUUGAGGAAGUUUCUGGGUCGUGAGCCCAAGCAGGACGCCUUCCUGGCCAGCAAAGGACUGAAGGUAGAGAGCAACUCGCUGCCUUCAGCCUGCUGAGAAACUGCUCCAGCCCAUUUGAGUCAAGCCAGCUCCUUUGUCUACGCACCAGUCCUCCCAGGCCAAGCAAUACCUGGUACUUCUGUCACCAAAUGCUUCCUGGGCCAACCCCCACCUGGGUGGUUGUUCCUCCAGGAUCCUUCUCUGAGCUCCCCUUGGGCUUCAGGAGCUGGAUUCAGUCCUAGUCCAGGGCUCUGCAGUGACAGCUCUGCAAAGGGAAUUGAAUUGCCUUUGUCACCCUCCCUAGAAGGGGAAUGAGGCUGUCACUAGCCCACACAAAUUAGCUGAACUUUGAAUCUGAUUUCUGCACAAGGGUGAGUUUUGGCCUUGUCGCUAGUUGGGGAGGAGGGUGAGAGGAGGUACCAAGCCUGAAUCAUCAUUUUAAAAUCCCUCUUUUUAAGAAAUGAGACUUCCCACAAGGCUCGACUUGUUUUGUGCCCCAGGGUAGAUUUACUGUUCUGACCGCAAAACAAAUGGCCUGAGAAGCUGUAUUAGGAAUUAUGCUCUCCCCGCCUUUGGGCAGCUGGCAGCUGUGGAAUAAAGAUGGGGAGAUCCCAAAGUUUAAAAACUA